AUGCGUGGUGUUAGGAACAUAGGAAGGCGAUAUCAGAAAAUUGUUAGGGAAGUCGCAGACAUUUUGGAGGAUCGGUUGAAGCUUGAGGAGAAUAUUACGGCUUUCAAUGAACUUGCCGCAGGGGACGAAGAGAUAAAGAAACUCGGCUUUGAGGAACAAAGAAUGUACAUAAACUACUUGAAUGAACUAGAUAACGACCUUCUGGAGAUAAUCCUGGACAACCUAGGUCGCGACAAAUGCAGAAACGUCGUUUUUGAGGUAACAGCAGGAGUGGGAGGUUCAGAAGCUAUGAUCUUCGCAGCCGAUCUCUUCGCAAUGUAUCAGCGUUAUUUUGAUCGUCUGGGGUACUCUCAAGAGUCUAUUGAAAUUAACGCAGAGGCAGGAGUGGGUGGGAUACGUUACGCGAGUGUCCUCGUCUCCGGAGAACGAGUGUUUGAGAUUCUUAGACACGAGGGAGGUGUUCACAGAGUUCAAAGGAUUCCCUCCACCGAAAAAAAUGGGAGAAUACACACGAGCACCGCUGCAGUUGCUGUUCUCCCUCAAUUAACUGAUAUAGAAAUCACUAUUAAGGACAACGAUUUGAAGAUCGAAACGAAAAAGGCGACUGGGGCUGGUGGACAACACGUCAACACCACUGACUCUGCCGUGAGGAUCACUCACAUCCCUACUGGUAUCGUAGUCGAGGCACAGACAGACCGUUCACAGAUCAGGAAUAGAAAAAUUGCGAUGAUGAAACUUAGAGCAAAAAUCUAUGAGCAACAGCUGAGCGAACAGAAGGCAGAGACAGGAUCUAUGAGGAAGAAGCAGAAGGGGUUGAGUAUGAGGAAUGAGAAAAUCAGGACUUAUAAUUAUAGCCAGGAUCGCAUCACUGAUCAUAGGAUUGCUGAUGGGACUCUGCAUAAUUUGAAGGGAUUUAUGGCUACUGGGGAGAGGCUAGAAGAGCUUCAAGGAAAGCUACAACGACAGCUGCAGUUAAAAAUACUUCAGGAGGCUAUUGAGAGGUGGAAAUAAGGAGAGAUAAACACUAGAAAAUGGAUUAUACAUCAAGACAAGAAUAAUUAAAUUAUAUUCAGCAGUGGGAUAGUAAGACAAAUGUACACGGAUAAAAAGGAAACUGAGAAAGACCUGAGAUCUCAGAACUUUUACCUGAGAUCCACUGGUGGAGCGCACAUUGAUUGGUAAAAAGUGGCGUUUUCACUGAGACACCCAGUAAAAACGCCAGUUUUCUCAGUGAAAACUCCGGUUUUGCCAGUCGAGGUGCACCCUAUGGGUGGAUAUUACGCGAAACGCCAUUCUUUUUUUCUGUAUACGGAUCAUUGUGAAGAAUUUUUUAGCGAGAUUUGUGUGGCACCAAAACAGACAACAUGAGAUUUUUCUCUGAAAUACAUUUUUGCAAUUGUCUCUUUCUAUUACUUCCGUAGAAAGUUUUAUGGAAUCGAUUUUUAGUUUUUCCUGUGUCCCGUACGAAUCUAUUGAGACACAUUUAAAAUGUAAACUUUAAUAGUAUAUUCAUAGUUGAACCAAGCACAUUCUCCAAUUGUGGACGCAAUAAAUAGCUGUGAUGCCGGAUGGGCAUCGCCUGCACUAAGAAAAAUGGCCGUCCGAUGGUUUAUCGUUGCCGCUUCAUUCAAUUACUUCACGAGUCCUCAAGUUGCUCUAGAAAAUAACAAUAUCGGCACUUUGAGGACAAUAAUAAAAAAUAAUACAGAAAUAAAUGAGUUGACGAGGAUCUACAGGGUAUCCCAGAGCAUGUGACCAAAGUAAAUUGCAUAGAAUAC